CGCAAUGAUCACUGCCAAACACAGCUGAGUGGAAGUGAGGAGACUUCACGCUGCAUUCAGUGUCUGAGCAUACACUUUUUUCUAACCUAAAAGAACAGAAAUUAGAAGGUUUGUCGGUUGUUACGCACAGCGCCAGAGCUUCUAGUGACUUGCGUUAACUUUGUCAGAAAACGGAUUCAGUUAUAAUCUCAAAGAGUUUGGCUGUUUUCUGGCGGACUUGUCAGAAUAAUGUGGGGCUUCCAGAGGACGCGGUAUGCAGACUGCAACGGUUCUGAGGCCAGUGAAGAGACUGAGAUUGUGGUGAAUAUCGGCGGAGUGAAACAGGUGUUGUAUGGAGACGUGUUGACUCGCUUCCCGGAGACUCGACUGGCAGAGCUGGUGGACAGUUCACUCAAAUCUUCUGAAGAAAUCUCAUUAAUAUGUGACGAUUACGACCCGGACACGGGAGAAUUUUACUUUGACAGAGACCCCGAAGCUUUUAAGUGCAUAAUUGAGUUGUAUUAUUAUGGGGAGAUACACAUGAAACGAGGCAUAUGUCCAAUUUGCUUCAUGAAGGAGAUGGAGUUCUGGAAAAUUGACUCGGAUUUUCUGGAUGAAUGUUGCAAAAGCCACCUGAAAGAGGUAGAGGAUGAACUUGCAGAGAUAGCCGAGAAAGUGAGAACUAUCCUUGUCGACAGAGAAGGCGAUCCGUCUGCAGGGGGCUGGCAGCGCUUCCAGAUAUGCCUCUGGCGGUUGAUGGAAAAGCCAGAAUCGUCCCUGCCUGCCCACAUAAUCGCUAUAGUUUCUUUCAUCUUCAUCCUCAUCUCCUCCGUGGUGAUGUGCGUCGGCACCAUCCCCGACCUGCAGGUGGAGGACUCGGAGGGUAAACUCACGGAGCAUCCGGUCCUGGAGGUCAUCGAGACCGUGUGCAUUGGCUGGUUUACUAUUGAAUACCUCCUGCGUCUGAUCUCUUCCCCAAAUAAAAUAAAAUUCGUACUGUCCUUCAUGAAUAUAAUCGACUUCAUGGCGAUCAUGCCCUUUUAUGUGGUGCUGAUUCUGACCUCCUUCGGCGCGGGAGUGAUGGAGCUGGCUAAUGUGCAGCAAGCAGUGCAGGCUUUACGCAUAAUGCGCAUUGCGCGCAUUUUCAAGCUGGCUCGCCAUUCCUCAGGACUCCAGACUCUGACAUCUGCCCUAAAGAGCAGCCUGAAGGAGCUCGGACUGCUCCUCAUGUACAUGGGCGUGGGGGUAUUCCUUUUCUCGGCUUUGGGCUACACUAUGGAGCAGAAUCACCCGGACACCUUGUUCACCAGCAUCCCACAGUCUUUUUGGUGGGCUGUGAUCACCAUGACCACAGUGGGGUAUGGAGAUGUCUACCCUAAGACCACUUUAGGUCGGUGUAACGCGGCUAUCAGCUUUCUCUGUGGGGUCAUCGCCAUAGCCCUGCCUAUACAUCCCAUCAUCAACAAUUUUGUCUUGUUCUACAACAAGCAACAGGUGCUGGAGACUGCGGCCAAACAUGAGAUUGAACUGAUGGCACUGCGCACCGGCGGCGAGCUCAUGGCUGCAUCUGGCUCCCAUAAACAUAUUUGCGGUGCAGGGGCCUGGGACAACGACAUGCGUUCCGGUCACAGCGAUACGUUCAUUCCCUUACUGAAGGAUCCCAGGGGAGGGGCGGGCAUCCAGACCCCUAGCAUGGACACAAGCUUUGAAAGCACAGCCGAGGCCACUGAACAUUUUAUCUCAUGAAAGGGAAACCCCCCUUACAUUAAAAAGUCAGCAAAAGAAGAAACAUCAUGAAAUUAAUUAUUCAGUUUUGAAUUAUUCAAACGUAACUUGACAAAUUUGGUUUAAUGACACCGCCGUGACUGCAGAAUGUAAAUAGUCUCGUGGACAGAAGAAGGCUUUAAUGCUUUCCAGGGACCUUUAAAUGCAUUGAGGAUUUGCGCCUGUUAAACAGACAUAUGUGUGAGAUAUUGAAUUGAUGAGCUGUGCCUUUGCGCAGUGACUCGCUGUAGGCUGAGGGGUUCUGUUCAAACAGCCAAUACACCGAUUCCCCCAUGUAGACAUCUUAUGUAACACGCCCAUAGUCCUCACACUUAUACUGUAGACUGCAUUGUAGCGUAGUCCUCUGUACAGAAAUAUAUACAUCACAGUAAAUGCUUUUAGUAACGCAGACAAGCAGCUUUAGUCAAGAGCACAGAUAAAUGUAAUGACCCCAGGAUUGAUUUGUGAGAGUGUAUAGACAUCAAAACAGAGCUGAAGAAAAGCUGAAGGUGUUUGGAUACAGACCACAUGCCAUACAUUCAAAUGAGGUAGGUGACUGUAUCACUGCAACGUGUUGCAACCAAAGGCGUAUGAUGGGGACACAAAGCAACAUAAGGCUGGGGGUGGGUUUAUUUUUGCUGCUGCCUGUAAUCGUCAUGGCAUCAUUGUAAUUUUUUUUGUAACUGACACUAUAUGAUUGUGAGGUAAUGCAUCAAACAUAAAGCCCGUCUACUG